AUGCCUACAGCAGUCGUGACAGGGGCGAACAGUGGCAUUGCCCACGCAUUUGCCAAAAUUUUGAUCGACGAGGGUUACAAUGUCUAUGCAGUUGACAAAGACGACGGCGAUGGACUGAAAGCGCUGUCUGCCAGCGCCACCACUCACAUCCUAGACGUGGCGUCGGUCGAGUCGAUCAAGAAAUUCAAGAAUGACCUUGGCGACGAGCCAGUCGAUUUGUUGCUCAACGUUGCUGGCGUAGCCUCAGGCCAUGCUAAAGACGGCCUAGAGACGACCAACCUGGAUAUUCUUCAGAGAACCUUUGCCGUAAAUACCUUCGGGCCUCUGCUCUUGACGCAGGUGCUUCUUCCUAAUAUUCUCAAAUCCCCAAAGCCAAAGAUAGGUAUUGUAUCAAGUCGCGUUGGCUCCAUCGGUGACAAUAGCAGUGGUGGCCACUAUGCGUAUCGCGCGUCCAAGGCUGCUGUCAAUUCCAUUGGCAAGAGCCUCGCCAACGACCUCCGGGAUAAGGGUGUGGGUGUAAUGUUAUUGCAUCCUGGUUUCGUGAGAACAAAUAUACUACCUGCCGAUAGCAUGCCUCCAGAAGCAGUCGAGGCAGAGGAAGCGGCAAGCAAAUUGUGGCAGAAUAUAGUGAGCAAGAAGGAGUUGGAGGAUAGCGGAAAGUUCUGGCACCGCGAAGGCUACGAAUUGCCAUGGUGA